AUGGGCACUGCAGCGCAGCAGCGCCUGAGCAUCACCGACGUGGAUCGUGUCCUUGUCUCCAUUACGCUGUGCCAUGCGUUUGGCAUUGGCUCCGCCGUCGCGAGCGCCUGGCUUUCAGGCGCUGCGGUCGUCCUGCCAGGCGCUAGCGGCAUUCGUGGCUGUGGCAGCCCUUCUCAGCGCGCCGAGGCGACGCUUGCGGCGCUGGCCUCGCAGCGUUGCAGCCUGCUCUUUGCAGAUGUCCACACCCUGAAAGCGCUUCCGGAUCCUGGCGACAAGGAUCUCGCUGCGCUGCGGGGUGGCGUCUGCAAGGUGGGCAGCGGAGCAGACUUCCUUGAGGAUGUCAAGGAAGCGAAGAUUGGACCCAGCGGAGAGCUGAAGCCUUUGCAGUACGCCGGUGUUCCACUGAUCGCCCUCGGCAAGCGCUGA